CGGCGCUGCGGGCGAGGGGGGAGGGACGGGCAGGGGGAAGUUGUAAAGAUGGCGGCAGAGCCCGUUCGCUCUUCCCCGGGCUGAGGCGUUCUGUGAGGGUCCCUGGUGCGCCGAGAGCGGCGAGGCGGUGUCGGUGGCCCAGCAGCGAGCGGCGGCGGCGGCGCUUCCGCCAUGUCUGAGCCGGGGCACUUGGGGGUGAAGCGGGCCGAGUCGGCGCGUCUGCGGCGGGCGGAGCAGCUGAAGCGCUGGAAGGGCUCCUUGACCGAGCUGGAGCCGGCGGCUCCCGUCCGGAGCCGGCGCCGCGGCGGGCCCCGCGUCCGCUUCGAGGACGGCGCCGUCUUCCUGGCUGCCUGCUCCAGCGGCGACACCGAGGAGGUGAAGCGCUUGCUGGCCCGCGGAGCCCGCCUCAACACGGCCAACGUGGACGGGCUGACGGCGCUGCACCAGGCAUGUAUAGAUGAGAACCUGGACAUGGUAAAGUUUCUGAUAGAAUACGGAGCCAAUGUAAAUCAGCAAGAUAAUGAGGGCUGGACCCCACUUCAUGCGGUUGCAUCUUGUGGCUAUCUGAACAUAGCAGAGUAUCUGAUAAGUCAUGGGGCCAACGUAGCUGCUGUGAACAGUGAAGGUGAAGUCCCAUGUGACCUUGCAGAGGAAGCAGCCAUGAAGGAUCUGCUCUUGGAACAAGUAAAGAAACAAGGAUUGGAUCUUGAUCAGGCAAGAAAAGCAGAAGAGCAACAAAUGCUGCAGGAUGCACGGCAAUGGCUGAACAGGAGGAAAAUUGAAGAUAGGAAGCAGCCCCGAACUGGUGCUACAGCUCUUCACGUAGCUUCAGCUAAAGGCUACUCUGAGGUGAUGAGGCUCUUGAUCCAAGCUGGGUAUGAUGUGAAUGUCCAGGACAAUGAUGGCUGGACUCCACUCCAUGCUGCUGCACAUUGGGGAGUAAAGGAAGCUUGCUCUAUCUUGGCUGAAGCACUGUGUGACAUGGACAUCAGGAACAAGCUGGGUCAGACACCAUUUGAUGUUGCCGAUGAAGGAUUGGUUGAACAUUUAGAGAUGCUCCAGAAGAAACAGAAUAUGCUGCGCAGCGAAGAGACAAGAAACAAGCUAAUAGAAGCUGAUAUGAAUGGGAAACUUCAAAGUGGGCUAUUCAAAAACAAAGAGAAGAUUCUUUAUGAGGCAGACACUCUGAAAUGUCUAGAAAGGGAAGAAGAAAACAAAGAGUCCAGUAGCUCCAGCUCUGAGGAAGAAGAAGAAGCCGAGGAAGAUGAAGCUUCAGAGUCUGAUACUGAAAAAGAGGCAGAGAGAAAGGAAGAGUCUAUUGCUAAUCAUUCCAAUCAUGAACCCAGAACUCUAAUCACAGAACAAGUGCCACCACCAGAGCAUAACUCUUUCACUAUGGCUCCUGCCAGAAAAUUUACUCCAUUGCUCAACAAGUCUGAAGAACAAAAGGAUGAAUCUCCUUCAUCAUGGAGGCUAAGUCUACGGAAAACCAGCAGCCAAAACACACUUAGUGAAGGAAGCGUUCCUCGUGACAUGCCAAGAGAGAAGGAUGGUUCCAUAUAUCGUUCUUCUUCGACCCCUCGGAUUUCUGCAUUAUUAGACAACAAAGAGAAGGACAAGGACAACAAAAUCUAUUUUGCUUCAAUAGCCCCUCGCAGGUUAAACAGUGCAGGUGACAUAGAAGAAAAGGAAAACCGAGAAUCUGCUGUAAAUUUGGUACGGAGUGGUUCUUAUACCCGGCAACAGUGGAGGGAUGAACCAAAGGGAAAUGAAGCACCUGCAACUGGUGCACCUUCCACUUAUGUAUCUACUUAUAUGAAAAGUGCUUCAUUUGGUAGAAGUAGUGACCUCAGCAGUCCCUAUAUUUCAGCCAAUCGCAAUGCAUCUUCUGCUACCUCACCCACUAUUAUUGGUUCAUCUACCUCAUUGGGCAGAGAGUGGCAACUUGCCUCUUGCCCUUCAUCUGUCAAUUCUAGCACUACAGCAUCAGUACGCCAGUUUAACAGAUCCCCUUACAGACAACAAACUGACUCUACAACAGAGAAGAGCACAGAGGGCAUCUCUCCUAGCAUUCCAUUAAGUGUCAUAACAAAUCUCGCUGUACCCAGUAGUGCCAAUGGUGUCACAACUGCCAAUUUUAACUCAACGACUGGAACAGAGUCCUCUACUGGUGAUGCUAGGGAUCGGAGAAGGUCAUAUCUGACUCCUGUCCGGGAUGAAGAAGCAGAAUCUCUAAGAAAGGCACGAUCCAGGCAAGCUCGCCAGACUCGUAGAUCUACACAGGGUGUAACACUUACAGAUCUUCAGGAGGCAGAGAAAACCUUUAGCCGAUCUCGGACAGAGCGGCCCGAACAGCCAAGUGAAAAAUUGGAAAGAACUGAAGCAACGGAGGAAGACCGUGAGAGGCAGGCACAGACUGCAGCAAGGGAACCUGGGGAGACCCGCUCACGAUGGAACAGAAACUUGGAUGAAGAGUCUGUUGGUCAACGAUUGAGGGGCUCGGCGCAGCAAGACAAACCCACAAGCCCCAUCUCUCCUUCAUUAGCUCCUUAUCUUUAUUCAAGUUCUCACCUUCCCAGGACAAGUAGAUCUGUAUCUUCUGAUUCUGUGAACCCAUCAGACUUCCAAAGCACAUCUGCUGCUGACAUGGAGAAAAAUGAAUAUGAAGAUCAGGAUUUGGAUGACAGAACUUCAAACAAGCAGUCGGUUAGAGAGAGGAGGCGGCCGAAAGAGAGACGAAGAGGCACAGGGAUCUCUUUCUUUACAAAGGAUGAUGAUGAGAUGGAUGGUACUGAAGAAGUGAAAGAGGACAGGCAUGAGAGGCUUUCCAGGUUGGACGCAGCAAGCUCAAGUACUGGCACCAGCGAUGCCUAUGGGGACCGGCCCUCUGGUCGCAGUGCCUACACCAGAAGAGAGAAUCGCCUGGCUGCCCUCAGCAGCAGGACAGAGGAUGACAGUAGCAAGGAUUAUAAACGACUCUAUGAAAGUGCCCUGUCUGAAAAUCAAAAGCUGAAAUCAAAACUGCAAGAUGCUCAGUUGGAGCUCGUCGAUAUCAAGACAAAAAUUGACAAAAUAGCCCAGCAGAAGCAAGAAAAAACCUCUGACCGUUCGAGUAUGCUUGAGAUGGAAAAGAGGGAGAAACGAGCUCUUGAGCGGAAGCUCUCAGAAAUGGAGGAGGAGAUGAAGGUUUUGACAGAACUGAAGUCCGACAAUCAGCGGCUGAAAGAUGAAAAUGGAGCCCUCAUCCGUGUCAUCAGUAAACUCUCGAAGUAGUAUAUUGAACAUAGGAUGGGCAGAAAGAGGAGAUAUUUGUGCACAUGCUGCCAACCCUGCCACCUGCUUCUGAUCUUCCAGUUGAAAGAGCAGCUGGCAUUUCAGACACGGAUCAGCUAGCCCCACCCUUCACUGCUCUUUGCACCUUGCUAGGCAUUCCCAUAUUGCACAGUGCUUAUCCUUCCCCCCAACACAGCAUGCCCUGCCAUGUUUUAAUAUUUUUGGAAUGUUGAAGUAACUCAUUUGAAGGGACAAAGACUGGGUUGGCACCGUCUGAGCUGCCCAAACGAUCUGCUGUAAGCUCCAUAUCCGUCCACCAUAAUCUGAUGUAAAGAAGAAUCUACUGUAAUAAGUGAUAUAGAAGUGACUCCAUAGCGUUGACCCAACAUGUCUUAAGAUACUGUCUUGGAGUAGGAAUAAUGAGUGAAACUAGGAAUUGCCACUGAGGAUUUAUCAAUCUCCAUUCUGCAAUUUGGAAGUCUGCGGUGCUGGUGAAAGCCAUGAUGACUUAUUUCUCUGAGAGUCUGACAACAGUCACUUGGCUUGGAGAUUCGUGUUUUCCAUGUGUCUCAGUAGCUAACUGAUUUAUUUAAUGUAAGAUUUUUGAUAAUUUAAUUUGGGGAUCCAAUCACUGGCUCUCCUUUCUGUUUUGCUUCACUUUUGCCUGCUACCCUUUGAUGGUUCUUGCUGUUUUUUCCAUGGGUGCCUUCUUUGGUACUGUUUAAUAAUAACGUGAUCUUACAGCCUCUGCAUUCUUUGGCUAACAGUUUGCCCCUUGAUUUUUCAAGACUUCUGGUGGAAAGAGAGCUAACCAGCAAAAAGUGCUUAUUGAAUGAAAUCCCAUAGACACAAUGCCAAAAUACUUCUUUAUUAGCAAGAUGUUUGGUUUUUCUACAUGAAAAACCUCACAAAAGACCUGGGCAAACAAAUCACAUUUAUGUUAACUUGCCAAUAGAUACGCAUUCCCUUGAAUAGGUGAGUGUUCUCAGUUUUAACAACAGCAAGGUUUGAGGCCUCAAUCUUGGUGGAAAGUCUAUGCAGUAGCAUUCUAUGAUGUCUGAGAAUUCUGAUACCAUGAUCAUUUGCACAGUUGUAAGACAUGAAUUUGCAUUUAAUGAGGGCAUCAACAGCAGGACCUACAUUUCUCAAAAAGCCAUUUCUCUGCAUACUGGAAAUGAAUGAAUUCAUGUUUAUGGGUUAUCAUGAUGUAACUAAUUUGCACGCUCUGUUCUUCUGGAUACUACAGAGAACCAGAUUUCAUCUGCAGAACCUGUUAAGGAGUUUCCUGUCAAUAUGGCAACUUGCCAGUGGACUUGCUCUGUUCUUUCCCUGCUUUCUUUUAAUUCUCACAAUUAUUUAAAAUAAGGAACUUUGGGAUCUGAGAAUAACUACUCUUGAAAGCAUACAAGUGGGCAGUAGAAAUUCAGACAUUUCAUUCAGCAUUUUAUCAGAGGGGGAAGGUGCUUUUUUGAUCAGUUACGGAUCAGCUCUGAGAUGAAGACAGAAUUGUGCAAAGAGACUCAGCAAGACUUCAUCUUCCUUUCUUACCCCCAUGCACUCUCAGAAUCUCCAGAGGGGCCCCUCAGCCCUUGAGCAAGUUUGAGGGCAUACCAGGGACUUCAGAAGGAAGGAGACGACGUUGAAGUCCCAUUGCACAAUUAGAAAUCUGUUACACUCAAAUAUGGAGACUCCAUAUGUUUGCACUCCAUUUCUGAGUAGAACUGUAUGAAUUCAGUUAAUAACCAGUGGAUAUCAUCUUUACAUAGAAGCACCUCAAAAGACUAAUUCAGGCUUCUACUAUGGUGAACAUAGCCUGUCCCUUUGAACAGAAACAAGGUAAACUCUGAGUUCCUAGCAAACUAUUGCUUAAAAAAAGAAAGAAGCACCAGAAAUAUUUUCUGACAUUAUGUUUCAUUUUAAGAACAGCAGAUAGUCAGGAUUCUGGAUGGGUCAGAUAAAUUAUCUGGUACAACCUCUUAUACUCUACUAAUUUUAUGUGUUGCUUUUCUUACAUCCAGUGCUUUUUUUCAACAGUUACCUUCCUACCAACCUUGUUUCAGAGCUAGAGAGGCUUGUGGGGGUUGUUUUAUACUGGCCACAACAUGCACUGAUCUCUGUGAGUGGUAUCUUCCAGCUCAAGCAUUCUAGCUCACCAGUCUAGCUGAUUUUACACCGGUGAGAGUAUUUGGCUGAACUUUUUCAGACUCUGCCAUGAAUAAUCAUUUAACAGCACAGAAGGAGCAAGCGUCUGGUGCUUAUGGUCCAUUCUAUAAUGAUCCCUACAUUCUCCUGUUGCCAGUUCUCACUUAGCAUGCAGUAGGUUAAGCAUAUCUCACAGUUUCAAUGUGCGGACUUUAAAAGACACAGACUAUGGUGGCUAAUGCAGCAAGGAUGGCUUGCCUGUGGCCCUGCAGAAGUUGGAGGGCUCUAGUUCCCCCCAGCCCCACACAACAUGGCCAGGGAUGGUGGGAAUUGGACUCCAGCAGCAUCUGAAGGACCACAGACGGCCACAUUGAUACAGCAUGAAGGAUGGUGACCUAUGAAGUUGAGACUUUUUAACGUUGGGAUUUGAUAUUUAAACUUGAAUUCUGUCCAGCCUGAAAUUAUGUGAGCAAAUUAAUCCUGUUGACAAGCCAAAACACUAUGAUAUCUAGUGCUACUGAAAGUAACUUAAGCAGAUUAUUUUGGGGGGUCACCAAUAUCAGUGUUGUCCUCCAAGUAUCCUGUCUCUUGACAUUCUGGGCUUCAUGUCAUGUAACAGAUGAUCAAUUUUUUACUUAUUUUAAUACAUAGCUUUGUCUUCCUUAGUAAGGCUUCCCUAAACCAAUCACCUGAGAACCCAUUUUUAUUCCAGUAUUAAACUUAACACUGGCCUGGAUUGGACAACCAUCUCACCUUAAAAAACUGAGGUAUGAAUGAGAGUUCUCUCCCCCCCCCCAUCAUGCUGUUAUUUUGUCCAAGCUGUGACUAAACCAGGAAUAACUUGGGGGAAAGCCUGGAUCUUAAAUCUUAGUUUGAAUUUGGUUUGACAAUCCUGUCUUGUUCCAAAGCUGGUAGCCAUAGUUUCACAAACUGGAAAACACUGGUAAAUAGAGGCCCUUGUUGAAACACAACUCACUCAAAAGGGAGCAGCCGAGGGGCUGUGUACAGGAGCAAAAUCAUAUCUUGAUUGAUUAAGCUGAUAUAUGAUUGUUCAAAUGCAGGCUAUUAUUUUAAUAUAAUGUUUUAACCAAGGGAGUAGACAAUUCAGGACAGUCCACUCAUAAGCAAAUUCAUGCCUGUUUUUAAGAAAACCCAGAGAGAAAAUAUUACUGCUACUGAAUUAUGAUUGCUUUGUACUGGUGCGUUUUAGUGUUCCAAUGGAUUUUAUAUAAUGUUAGUUAUAAGUGUGAAGUCUGCUAGAAUAUUCUCUACAUAAAGUACAAAUUAUGCGGAGAAAGCACUGCAAGUUUAUUCUGUGAGCUGUUAGAGCUUUUAACUGGAAGGCACUGGGUGGUUUUUCUUUAAACUCUUCUGCCUUACUGCUUUCUUACUCCCAGAAGCUUCUACAGCUCAGUGUACAUCCUAAGACGUACUUGCAUGUCGAAGGUCUUAGAAACCUCUUCCGCAUCUGUGUUGAAGUUCCAGUGCAACUUUUUUUGAUAUAAGAAGCAGAGCUUGGAGUAAGGAAGGAGCGGGUUUCAUUGCUUGCAAAUUGUGAACGCGAGGUUUAUGUGUGGUGGCUUGUUGGUCUGAAGCAAAGUUUCAGAAGAAGCUAGAGGCAUGCAAAAAGGGCCAAGGAAAGAAACAAAUGCAGAUACAGAAGUAGUAUUGAGAGCUGACAUAUUGUGGUUGAAUGCCUUGCAUUAAAGGAGGUUGUGUUGCACUGCUAAAAGACAAUAUGAAUAAUAUGGAUGAACAGCUGUCAUAUGCAGAUAACUCUUAACCAGUGGAAUGGAAAUGGAAUUUUAAGUGGGGGGUAGAUUUAGAGCUGCAAGAGCAUGUGUACUUGAUUUGAUCUGUAUUUUGUGACAGCUGAUGAUGCAGCAUCUGUGCACUGUCCAUAUUGAUUUACUGUUAAUGGAAGGAAUUAAAGAAUGACUCUAGAGAUCUGACCAGAUAUAAUUCAGUCAGUCAUCUUCAGUAAGUCAGGGUUUAAGAGUGCACUGUGUUUUAUCAAAUCAGCUAAUUUCAGAUUUAUUGGUGGUUUCUAGUCCACAUAGGAAUAAUAAUUAUCAGAAGCCAGUCUAUAGAAAUCUGAUAGCAAAGUAUUUGAUGCCAUAGGACUGACUUCUUUUAAGGGCUGUGGAUACAAUCCAGUCGGUGGUUGUUCAUUAGCAUUUAAAAGUCUUAUUCUCAUGGGAUAAUCAGGAAUGGUAAGUCUCACCAUGAUAUUUGCCAAUAGGUCAAAUCGUAUGCAACUCCCUGACUGUGCUUGGGAGACUUAACACUUGUUUUUCAUUAGGGAAUAGCUAGUCUGUUCCCAAGGCUGGUGAGCUUAAUGUAUGCCUGUAGAUGGUAAAGUGCAGAAUGUAGUCCUUUCCCCCACAAAGGAUAUUGACUGAAUAUCUCCCACCUGCCCUGCCAAUUCUGCCAUUACCAGGUGAGAGUAGGUCGCCAAGGCCUGGGAUUUACUGACAGUGAAUAGAAAUCAUGAUUGAAAUCAAAAUAUACUUGAGAGAUGAUUUCUACUGUAUCAUGUUUGCUUUCCCCCCAUAACCACUAUAAUUCUUUCUGAAUUAGAGAGUUGUUUGUGAGCAGGGUCUUAGCACGUUUCCGGACAACUUCCAAAUUCCCACUUUGAUUCAAAUGCAGAUUCUCCUUAACAAACAUGUCUCCAUUUUUUUUGAAUGGGUGUUCAUCUGUAUCUGAGAGUGAUCAUCUUUUGCUGGGACUCCUUGCAAGCGAGUCAGAAGGCAGAAAUGUCUCCCCCCCACCCCGAGAUAGAAAUUUGUCCUUUGCACUCACACUGAUGCCCCCUACUUUCAUCUUUGUUUUCCUUUAUUCUACUUCACUCCUGCCAUAUUAGCCCACCUGCUGCACAGGGCAGCUUCUCAACUCGAAGUCCAGCAUUUUUGGAUGUACUCCUUCCUUCAGCGAUGUUAAGGGGCCUGUUUCAAAAGGCAAUUUUAAGUUUAUUUCAAGCUAGCAGACUCCCCAAAGCCUUUUCCCUGAGCGACUUAGGUUUGGAUCAUGAUCACCUUCAUGUUUGGAAAUCCUUUUGCAUGAUUCUCCUAGAAGCAGCAUGUUCCAUGAAGGGCUUUUUACCAAGAUUAACUCCACAAACAGCUCACGGGUGAAAUUUAACCCAAUUCCUAGGGGCAAUUCUUUUCUUCCUCUGUUCCUUUCCCCUGACAACUGUUCUCUCUUUUCCUGGGGCAAAUCGGACCCUUGGCGUAUGUGACUUUCAGAGUGUUCUCAGUAAAUACUCUUGAAAAACAGCACAGCCCGAGCUGUUGCCACAGGGCCUCUUGUGUUGUCCCCUCCCCUUGCUUCCAUCAUGUUGUUGAGGAAUCUAGUAACAAGUCCCCUCUGCAAAUGCUAACUCGUGGAAAAGAGUGGUGUUAUGCACUUGGCUCGCUAACUUCCCAAGCUGCAAGUAUUCUGUACUUACCUGUUUUAAGGAGAGUUUUACAGAUUGUUGUAAAUACACUACUUGGAGAAAAGACUAGCCUGUGAGUGAUGAGAAAGAAUGUAUUUUUAUGCAAUUUUUUGAGUGGCCUUUCAAACUCUUGAGAUGAAUGGUUUUUGUUUUCUUGAUUGUUAUAUAGUAUUCUAAGUAUAUGUUUGAAAGUUUGGGGAUAAUAUUCACAUCUAUGAUGCUUGUAAACACAACAGUAUUUAUAAAUGAAUAAAGUGCUUUAACACAG